CCUUGAGAUCUGCUCUAUACGAAAAUCUGUCUAUAUUCUUAUAAUAAUCGAUGGUGAUCUACAUGGAUGAACAUAAUAUUGGAACGACCCCCCUCACCGACUGCAUAUGAAAUAUACUUCGAUGGAUCAUCCCCCUCUCCUCCCCUUCCUCAAUCUCCGACGACUCUCGCUCUCUCCAGUCUCCAAUUUUCCACGUUUCGUCUCCACAUCCAUCACUUUCUUCUCUGUUCGACUCCAUAUCCCUUUCUCAGCAUUCCUCACUGCUCGAUGAACUCUCCUAGACUCUUCUGCCGUUCAUAAUGCGGCCCGUCCUGUCGUCAUCAUGCCCCAUCUACCGUUAUCUUCUCCCCCUCUACCUCCCUUGAUCCGAGGGAAGACGCAUCGCAACAGGCGCCAAUACUCUGUGCGGCCGUUCUACUAUUCCCUGCUGAUCUUGACGGCCCUGGUGGCCUUCAGUUGGGUCGUCCGUCACUUCGAACAUGCUGCAACCCGAGUCCAGCUGCCAACGACGCCCGAUAAGCUCAUUCAAAGCCGGGGCGUCCAUGACGAACUAGAGUGCCGCUUGGUCCGAAAUGCCAAGGAUCAGUGCGCCUUCGUCCGUGCCAACUGCCUCGACUAUGAAGACGGCUUGCUUUCUUAUCUCCACUUCUAUUACUGCUCCCUGGCGGAUGCCAAACCCAUCGCUUUCGUCAUCCUUGUCCUAUGGCUCUCCCUCCUUUUCAGCACCAUCGGCAUCGCCGCCAGCGACUUCCUCUGCAUCGAUCUCAGCACGCUCGCCAGUGUCCUCGGCUUGAGCGAGAGUCUGACGGGCGUCACCUUCCUGGCUUUUGGGAAUGGAAGCCCGGAUGUUUUCUCCACAUUUGCCGCCAUGAAGUCCAACAGCGGGAGCUUGGCCGUCGGGGAGCUUCUGGGAGCGGCGGGCUUUAUCACCUCGGUCGUGGCUGGUUCCAUGGCGCUUGUCCGCCCCUUCAAGGUCGCCCGGAGGAGUUUCGUCCGUGACGUCGGCUAUUUCGUCGUGGCGGUGAGCUUCAGUAUGCUGAUGUUGGCCGACGGUCGUCUGCACGUCUGGGAGUCGGCCACGAUGGUGGGUCUCUAUUGCUUUUACGUGUUUCUCGUCGUCACCUGGCACUGGUACAUCGUACGCCAACGUCGGUCGUAUGAUCGGAGUGUCGUGGCCCGGUCUCAUUUCAAUAUCCCUGAAAACCAGGAGCUCGACAUCGAAGAAUUCGACGACGACGAUCCGAUAGUCGCGUCGGAGUCGGCGAGCCUCCUGCCCGGCGUCUCCGUCGAGGAUUUCGGAACCCUCGAGGAACCCGGCGUGCCGGCCUGGAGAGACGGGGAGGAGGAUGAUGAGACUCGCAACCGAUACCUGGCCGAGAUCCGGGACAACAUGCACGUCAUCCGCCCUUCCGCACGCAGACGGAACACCUUGAACCCCAUCAGACCAAGCCUAGUGGGGGCCCUGGAGUUUCAGUCCGUCCUCUCGUCGUUGCAGAGGUCGAAGAAUGUCCAUCAGGAUGGGUCGACCGGCCUCGACGGGUCUCUCGACCAGGACAACCGGUCUGUCGCGUCCCAUCCGCGGAUUGAUCGACACACGGCCGCGGACCGCCCGUCCGUCGACAGUGAAGGGGGGACUUCUCGCGUGCGAGCCGUGUCCGCCAACGACGCCGCAGGUCUGAGGCUAGACACAAGCUUCUUCCACCCUGGGGAGACCCGACCCCUUUUAACCGUCAGUAGACCGUCUGUCGGGGAUGGUGGAUCACCCCCGACCACGCCGAGUCCUCAAGACGAGCGUGGAACAGCGUCAAGGCUGACUCCACCGCCGUCGGGUCCCUCUAGUCGUAGUCCAAGCCCGAACUUACUAGCGCCCCCGGACGUUUUCCAUCAGCCUAACUACCAGGCCGAGACGCCUCAACCACGCUCCCCGGUCGACGUAUCCCCCCGCGGCACCGCAUUUGCCCGGGGCAGUGCGGAAACACAACUGGAGAGCCCCUCAAGCCCAUUUCCUCCGUUUCUGAAUACGUCCGUCCCGACCUCCAAGGCUCCAAGCAUACGGCUCCCGUCGGCUUCGACCCCGACAGAGGCGCUGCAGAUCCACGACCGCAUCUUUGAAGAGUGUCGCAGCCCCUCGAUCACAUCUUACUCGUGGAGACGGUCGUGGUCUCUUCUUCUCCGGUCUUGCGUGCCUGUCCUCUUUCCAACCCUGGAUGGCUGGGGGGCGAAGGGUUUCGGGGGGCGUCUUUUGGGCAUCAUCGCGGCCCCCAGUGUGUUCCUGUUAACCAUCACGCUCCCCGUUGUGGAACCCGCGCAACCCGGGUCAGACGCCUCGUCUGGUCCUGAUGUCUCUCCAAUCGACAACAACUCACCUAGCCCGCGCGUGCGACUCCCAGAGGACAGUCCGUUGCUCCUGCCGCCUGACUCCGGUCCUGGGUCGAUCCAUCAACCCGACCAGAACGGCAAAGUCCAAUCAGUGCAGAACAGACGUCGCUGGGACUCUGAACUCCCACCCCCUCCGCCCCCCGCAGACAGCUCACCUCAAUCAUCCAGAGAGUGGUGCCAAUGGCUAGUCUGCACGCAGCUCUUCACGGGGCCCUUCUUCGUAUCCCUCAUCGUCUGGACAGCCACAGACCCCGACCUCCAACCCCGCAAUCUCCUCCUCCCAUCCAUGGUCGCCCUCCUCUUCUCCCUAGUCUGCCUCUUCGGCCUCACAGCAAGCGCUCGCCGAACCCGCUCCCCCCAGCCCACCAACACCGUCCGCCCCUUCCUCGCCCUCCUAGGCUUCAUCGUCGCCAUCUCCUGGAUCGCAACAAUAGCCACCGAAGUCGUCAACCUGCUCAAAACCCUCGGCGUCAUCCUCAACAUCAGCGACUCCCUACUAGGCCUCACCAUCUUCGCCGUCGGCAACUCCCUCGGCGAUCUCGUCGCAGACAUCACCGUCGCCCGCCUCGGCUACCCCGUCAUGGCCCUAAGCGCCUGCUUCGGCGGCCCCAUGCUCAACAUCCUCCUCGGCAUCGGCCUAGGCGGCCUCUACAUGACCCUGAACGCCAACCCGGAGACCGUAGCCGCCAACGGCGGCUCCUACGAGAUCGCCAUCUCCAAGGUCCUGAUCAUUUCCGGCGCCACGCUGCUGAUUACGCUGGUGGGAUUGUUGAUCGUCGUCCCGAUGAAUAAGUGGGUUAUGGAUAGGAAAGUCGGGUGGGGUUUGGUCGUGCUUUGGUGUAUUAGUACGUUGAGCAAUGUUGUUGCUGAGUUGGUUACUUAGGGGUUGGCUGGUUGGCUGGUUACUUUAUUUAUAGACUUAUCUUUACGGGGUUUGGGUGCUAUGGGCUUGCUUUGGACUGCUACAUACUUCCAGUGUGGUGGCAUUGUUGGUCGAACCAGGUGUAUAUAUGUUAGUAUUGGUUAUGUUACGAACUGAUGAUUCAUGCG